CAGAUUAUUAUUUUUCUACCGGAAGUGUCGAUAGACUGUUUCCGGUGGUGCGUCGAUAGACUGUUUCCGGUGGUGCGUCGCAGGCUGUCGCUGUUGUGCCCAUGCUAGCAGAGUAAUUCAUUUUUCAUUCCGAUGGCAAACAGAACUGUCAAAGAUGCGAACAGUAUCCACGGGACCAACCCGCAGUAUCUGGUGGAGAAAAUCAUCCGGACCCGAAUCUACGAGUCGAAGUACUGGAAGGAGGAGUGCUUUGGUCUGACCGCUGAGCUGGUCGUUGACAAAGCUAUGGAGCUGAAGUACGUCGGUGGAGUUUUUGGAGGAAACAUAAAGCCCACUCCCUUCCUCUGCCUCACGCUGAAGAUGCUGCAGAUUCAACCGGAAAAAGACAUCAUCGUUGAGUUCAUCAAAAAUGAGGAUUUCAAAUAUGUUCGUUUACUUGGAGCGAUGUACAUGAGGUUAACUGGCACUGCAGUGGAUUGCUACAAGUACCUGGAGCCGCUGUACAACGAUUACAGAAAAGUCAAGAGUCAGAACCGAAACGGAGAGUUUGAGUUGAUGCACGUGGACGAGUUCAUUGACGAGCUUCUUCACGCAGAAAGGAUGUGUGACAUCAUUUUGCCCCGACUUCAGAAAAGACACGUCCUCGAGGAGGCUGAGAUGUUAGAUCCACGUAUUAGCGCUCUGGAGGAAGAUCUGGAUGAGGUGGAGAGCAGCGAAGAAGAAGAUGAGGAAGAGGAGAAGCCGGAGAGAAUCCAGACCCCUGAGCCCCACAGACGGCGUGAUGGUUACCGUGACAACGACAGGCCUCGUCGCUCUCCAUCGCCUCGUUACAGACGCAGCCGCUCACCCAGACGGAGAAGCAGAUCUCCAAAGAGGCGAAGCCCAUCGCCCCGGAGAGACCGCCAUCGCAGCAAGAGCCCCCGCCGCCACCGCAGCCGGUCCAGAGACAGACGCCACCGCUCCAAAUCUCCAGGUCACCACAGAAGCCACAGACAUCGCAGCCACUCAAAGUCCCCAGAGAGGAGUUCCAAAAAGAGUCACAAGAAGAGUCGACGAGGAAACGAGUGAUCUCCCUUUCCACUUUUUGAUUUUUACCUCAGAACUGUCAGAGGAACUGGCCUCUUGUACGAACAUUUGAUGACUUUUUACAUUUUUAUUUUUAUUCUACAAGUUAUUUCAACUUUAGAUGUUGGACCCCUGACCUGUCUGUAAGAUAUAACAAUGCAAAGCCCUCAGGUUUCAGCAGUGUGUAUGGACAGUAUCUUAUCACUCACCCCAUCUGCAGCCUUUCAGUGUCAUUCUGUGGAUCCAAACCUUUGAGAGAGAACAACCGAAUAGUACUCCCUGUUUUCAGAAAGUUCUGGCCAUUAUCGAUCAGUUUUGGAUCUGUGUUAAUGUAGAAAAUGUGUUUCUGUAUGUUAAGAAUGAGUUUCAGACUCUGACUGACCUGACAUUUUGUCAGAAAAUAAAGACCCUGAUUCAUUAGUUUUGUCUUUUUGGAAGUUUGUUUGAUUCCUGAGGAAGAUUAGGACCCACAAUUUAUGAUUGAUGC